GAUCGAUGUUUCUUUAACUAAUAUACUGGUCUCGACUAAACGGAUAAAAAAAGAAAACCACAGGGAAGACCCGUGAUCGUGAACUAGUGGUCGAAGUAUGAAGUAUGGUGUAAAAGGAAAUAGGGAAGAAAUACCGCAAGUGUAUUACCCGUUUUUGUCGAAAUUGUGUUGUUGAAAUGUGCAAGUGUUAAACAAUUAAUAACAUCACUUAGAUACAAGUUCCUUCCUGAAUUUCUUGAUAAGAAUAUAGUAACACUAUAAUAUGUUCUAACGUUAAAACAAAUCAAUUAUUAUCUUACGUGAUUCCAUUAAUACUUAAAUGACUAAGACUUAAUCGAUUAUAUUCAAUAUAAUUCAAAAUGGCAAGUGUAUCAUUCUUCGUAAAGAUAUGGAUAUGCCGUGCAACACUUAACUACAACCUAACAAUUUGUGCAAUUAUCUAUUUCAGUAAAGAUAUUAAUCUAGAGCAUCCUGUAAUCAUAAGAAGCAAUAAGCAAAAGCAAAUAAACGCAUACUGGAACAUUCCAACUUUUCAAUGUGAUUCCCAUAAACUGAAUUUUUCGGCGUUGGCAGAAAAAUAUGGAAUUGUACAAAACGACAACGACAGAUUUAGAGGCAAAUUUAUUAAUAUUUUAUACGACCCUGGUGAUUUUCCUGCUAUUUUAAAAACUGGUACAAAGACUGUAUUAAGAAAUGGUGGCGUACCUCAAGAAGGAAAUCUCACAAGACAUUUGAAAAUAUUUGAGAACAUUCUAAAUCAAUUAAUUCCGGAUGAAUCGUUUUCAGGUAUUGGAAUAAUCGAUUUCGAAAGCUGGAGGCCAAUAUUUCGUCAGAACUUUGGAAAACUAGAUGAGUAUAAAUCAAUUUCUAUAGCUAUAGAGAAAGAAAAACAUCCUUUUUGGACCAAAAAUCUCUUAAUUAAAGAAGCGACACAAAGGUUCGAGGAUGCUGCUAAGAUAUUCAUGGCACAAACUUUAUUGAUUGCAAAAAGAUCAAGACCCAAAGCAACUUGGGGAUAUUAUGCAUAUCCUUAUUGUUUUAAUAUGUCGCCAAAUAAUAUGAAGCAAACGUGUCCUCCUGAAGUCGUAGCAGAAAAUGGCAGGUAUAUUCGUUCUAACCGGAAAAGUACUUUUAAACGUCUCAGAGCAAAAAGGAAACUAAAAUGGUUAUUCCAGCUUACAGACAAUUUUUACCCGUCAGUUUAUAUAGGAAACUCAAGUUAUUCAAUGGUUGAUAAAAUUAAAAUGGUUAAAGGAAGAAUUAAUGAAUCGAUUAGAAUAAGAAAUAGUUUGAACGUUAGAAAAAACAUCAUUCUAUAUUUUUGGUUCAAGUACCAAGACACAAACAAAUUUUUAUCCAAGGAAGAUUUGUUAAAUCUUUUUACCGUAAUAUCAAAGAGCAAUAUCGAUGGAGUGGUCAUUUGGGGAAGCAGUAAUGAUGUGAAUACUAAACAAAAGUGCUUAGAACUUCAUCAGUAUAUUGACGAUGUACUAGGACCGAUACUUAGCCAUAUUUUAGUAAAUUAGUAGAUUGAAGCCUUGUUUUGAUAAAGCGUACUAUAGUGUUUGUGAUACUGACAAAAAGUGUUACUUUUUAGAGGUUGGUAUGCAAUCAAACACUGCCUUUAAUAUAAAAUUGUUUUAUUGACUUAAUUUUUUCUACAAAUCCGUUAUAUACAAAAUGAUAAUAAAUAAUUUACAAAUAUAAUUAUAAAAUUCUUUAUUGGGAAACUUAUUUCUGACUGUUAUAGUUUCAAGCACAUAUACAAGAUGCAACAAAAAUGUAGGUCAACCAAUUCAACAUCAUACUCGAGUCAAUAAUUACUCGAUUGAAUGAAGAUGGCAGACAUUAUCAUAAUCUUGCCUGAAGUUGUGCGUGUUUCAAUGUUAGUUGGCUUUCAAUAGCCUCGUAUUUAGUUGUGUAUAUUUUUCGUUUUUUAAUUUUUCAAUUUUUAUUGUGAACAGAAUCUGAUUUAUUUUUAUUGAAAUAAAUUAUGUUUCACAUGAA